AUGUCGCAAAGCCAUGCUCUCUCCGACGACCAGGUGGCGGGGGAGCUCCGCAAGAUGACUGCGUUCAUCCGACAGGAAGCUCUCGAGAAAGGUCGCGAGAUCCAACUGAAAGCCGACGAAGAGUUCGCCAUUGAGAAGUCCAAGCUCGUCCGCCAGGAGACUGCCGCCAUUGACACCCAGUACGAGAAGAAGUUCAAGCAGGCCGCCAUGUCCCAACAGAUUACCCGCUCCACCCUUGCCAACCGCACCCGUCUCCGCGUCCUCGGCGCCCGCCAGGAGCUUCUGGACGAGCUAUUCCAAGAAGCCCGUGGUCAGAUCUCCGGCAUCGCCGCCAAAGAUGCCAAGAAGUAUCAGGAGGUGCUGCAGGCGCUGAUUCUGGAGGGUCUCUAUGCUUUAAACGAGUCGAACGUGGAUGUCCGUGCCAGGAAGAAGGACAAGGACGCCGUCAAGAAGGCUAUCGGGGAGGUGGAGAAGGAGUUCAAGAAUGCGGUUGGCAGGGAAGUCAAGGUCAACUUGGACGAGGAGGAGCCGCUGCCCGAUGACAACGCUGGCGGUGUCUCCAUCAUCGGUGGAAACGGCAAGAUUGAAAUCAACAACACCUUCGAGGAGCGACUGCGGCUACUCGAGAUCGACGCCCUUCCUGCCGUGAGGGAGACGCUCUUCGGCAAGAACACUAACCGACGCUUCUACGACUAA